UCGCCAAUCAGCUUUGAGUCAGACAGACUCUUGUAAAAAUGGCGACGGUGAAGCUCAGAGGAAUGAAAACUGGACGCUUUACCGCUAUUAAACACCGUUGGUCCAGACUCCAUAAAAAUUAACACGACGGCGGAAGCGAAAGUUAAUCGACCUACUUGUUAGCCGCAGUACGUGGUUUGAUUCUGUAUGGUGUCCCUGUGGAUCUGAUUGCUUGUGUUUUCGAUUUUGUCGUUGCUUUGGACAGCUCACUAGCUCCAAGUUGGAAAGCCAAUGCUAGUCCAGGGCUAGCUUUGUAGCCCCAUCGGCUCCUGGGAUCCUUCUGUACGGCAUUGGUGGAUUGAUAGCCUGACCAGUGUGAGCGCUGGACCGCACGUACCUGCUUAAACUUUUUAUUUUUAACGAAACGACAGCCAUGACUCCGUUGGAUUAAAAAUACUUUCGGAGGUAUAAGGGGAACCGACGUCCUGGCAUUGCGACGUUGUUUGGAGUGUCGAAGCCGAGUGAGUUAGCCGUCAUGUAUUUUCUAACCGGCUGGCCACGGAGGCUGCUUUGUCCGCUGAGGAGUGAAGAGGAACCCUUCCACAUCCAUCCCAGCUCCCAGAGGUUUUACUUCGCCGUGCUGUCAGAGACGCAGCUUAGCAUUUGGUUUAGCCGGCCCAGUGUUUUGAUAGUCAGCUAUAUCGAGUCUGCAAAGGCGGCGGCCCAGUUUGGCUUCUACCAGAAGGCAGAAUGGAAACCAGACGACUCCAUGAUAGCUGUAGCGACUGCCAAAGGCUACAUCCUCUUGUUUGAUGUGCUGGGUGGAGGGGAUGACAAGUACCUCUAUGAGCCUGUCUAUCCAAGAGGAAAUACUCGUGUGAAAGUGACCCCGGGUUACAAGGAGGAGCAAUGUGCCCCCGCUUUGUCUUUAGAAAUGAAGAAGCCUGUGGAUCUGGAGGCCCCCAUCACCAGUCUGCAGUCCCUUCAGGAGGACUUGUUGGUGUGCACCGCAGACGGUUACCUCCAUGUGCUUCAUUGGGACGGACUGGGCAGCAACGGGCGCAAGACCGUCUGCCUGACUACAAUCCCCUUUUCGCUAGACAUGCAGUCUGCUCGAGGUGGUCCCUCCCUGGACCUGGAGGGGGCGUAUAUCCGUUGUAUGGAGUCUUGUGUGACCCUGGACGGAUUCGCUGUUGUACUUAGUGAUGGACGCCUGGGCUUCAUCACACCCCUCAGCAACACCAUCACUGCAGAUCAGUUGCAGGGCGUCUGGGCAGCAGAUGUGACUGAUGGCACCUGCGUGGCUGUCAACAACAAGUACAGACUGAUGGCCUUUGGCUGUGCCAGCGGGUCAGUGCUGGUGUAUAUGAUAGACACCACGACAGGAUCCAUGCAGCUUUCCCACAAACUGGAGCUCACCCCAAAACACUACCCAGACAUCUAUAACAAGACGGGCCCAGUCAAGCUGAUCUGCUGGUCACCUGACUACAGCGUUGCCAUGGUUACAUGGGAGUGUGGCGGCUUAUCGUUGUGGAGUGUCUUUGGAGCUCACCUCUUCUGCACUCUGGGAGAGGACUUUGCGUACCGUUCUGAUGGUACCAAGAAGGACCCCGUUAAAAUCAGCUCUAUGAGCUGGGGGGCAGAGGGCUACCACCUGUGGGUGCUCCCGAACAAACAGGAAAGGAGAAGACAAGAGCAGCAGCAGCGACAGGAGGAGGAGGGGGAGGAGGAGGAGGAGGAGGAGAUGGUCGCGCCUCCUCACACCUCCCUGCAGGCUGGCAUACUGCAGUUCCACUUCAUCAAGAGUGCCCUCACAGUAAACCCCUGCACGAGUAACCAGGAGCAGGUGCUGCUUCACGGUGAAGACCGACUCUACCUGACCUGUGGUGACCCCACGCAGGUCAACAGCACCUCUGACACACACCCCCACACACACUUACACCCGCGCGACGGCAGCCCACUGCACCAUCCCUCCGACGCCGACUCCUCUCUCUCUCAGGGACUCAGCACUUUACUGGGACACAAGCACUGGCACGUGGUCCAGAUUCACAGCACAUAUCUAGAGAGCAACUGGCCUAUACGGUUUGCAGCCAUAGAUACAGCAGGCCAGUGCAUGGCUGUAGCAGGGAGGCGGGGCUUUGCACAUUACUCCUUAUUCACAAGGAAAUGGAAGCUGUUUGGAAAUAUCACUCAGGAGCAGAACAUGACAGUGACAGGAGGUCUGGCUUGGUGGAAUGACUUUGUGGUGGUGGCCUGUUAUAAUUUCAUAGACCAGCAAGAACAGUUGAGGCUCUAUCAACGCUCAGCCAACCUGGACAACGCCUUUGCAUCUGUCACCAAGCUGCACUCAGACACCCUGCUGCUCAAUGUAUUCAGAGACAUGGUCAUCCUGUUCAGAGCUGACUGCUCCAUCUGCCUCUACAGCAUAGAGAGGAGGAGCGACAGUCCAAACCCGACAGCCAGCGUUGAGUUGUUGCAGGAGGUGUCGAUGUCUCGCUACAUCCCUCACCCUGCUCUCGUGGUCUCUGUCACACUCACCUCUGUUCGCACAGAAACUGGCAUCACUUUGAAAGCCCCACAGCAGGCCUGCAUGGCGGAGAGCAUCAUGUUGAAUCUGGCUGGCCAGUUGAUCAUGCUGCAGAGGGACCGUUCAGGACCUCAGGUACGAGAGAAAGAGACGCCUGCCAACAGCAAGAAGCUGCUACCAUUUUGUCCUCCAGUCGUACUAGCCCAGUGUGUAGAGAACGUGUGGACCACUUGUCGCUCCAACAGGAAGAAGCGUCACCUGCUGGAGGCCUUGUGGCUGUCCUGCGGUGAGGCAGGCAUGAAAGUGUGGCUGCCGCUCUUUCCGCGGGACCAUCGCAAGCCCCACUCCUUCCUCUCCAGACGCAUCAUGCUCCCCUUCCACAUCAACAUCUACCCUCUGGCUGUGCUUUUUGAGGAUGCCCUGGUGCUGGGGGCAACCAAUGAGACUGUGCUCUACGAUGGUCUGCAGGGACCCUCUGAGCCACUGGAGGCACUGUUCCCUUACUGCACAGUAGAGAGGACCUCCCAGAUCUACCUCCAUCACAUCCUGAGGCAGCUGCUGGUUCGCAACCUUGGCGAGCAGGCUCUGAUGCUGGCUCAGUCAUGUGCCUCCCUCCCCUACUUCCCCCAUGUCAUGGAGCUGAUGGUGCACGUCGUGCUGGAAGAAGAGGCAACAUCGAGGGAGCCCAUCCCCGACCCUCUGCUGCCCACCGUGGCCAAGUUCAUCACCGAGUUCCCCCUCUUCCUGCAGACCAUCGUACACUGUGCCAGGAAGACGGAGUACGCCCUGUGGAACUACCUGUUCGCCGCUGUGGGGAACCCCAAAGAUCUGUUUGAGGAGUGUCUUAUGGCUCAAGAUCUGGACACAGCAGCUUCCUAUCUGAUUAUACUCCAGAACAUGGAGGUUCCCGCAGUAAGCAGACAGCACGCCACUCUCCUCUUCAACACGGCGCUUGAGCAGGGCAAGUGGGACCUCUGCCGGCACAUGAUCCGAUUCCUCAAAGCCAUUGGCUCUGGGGAGAUGGAGACUCCGCCACCAACGCCUACCACACAGGAACCCAGCUCAACCGGAGGUUUUGAGUUCUUCAGAAAUCGCAGCAUCAGUUUGUCACAGUCUGCAGACUCCAUCACUACGGGCAAGUUCAACCUGCAGAAGACCUUCAGUAUGCCGUCUGGACCUUCUGUUAAAGGUCGGGAUGUGGAGUGUGCAGAGAACAUGUAUAUCGACAUGAUGCUCUGGCGCCACGCCCGCCACCUCCUGGAGCAGGUACGCCUCCGUGACCUGGGAUGCUUCUCUGCACAGCUGGGCUUCGAACUCAUCAGCUGGCUGUGUCGCGAACGGAACCGCGUGGCCCGCGUCGACGAUUUUGUUUCUGCAUUGAAGAGACUCCAUAAGGAUUUUUUGUGGCCCUUCCCUGUCAUCCCUGUGGGAAGCCUGAGCUCACCUCUGAAGAACGGACGCUGUCGCACAGUGCUGAGCACACGGCUGUUGAAGUCGCAGUCAGCUGACAGCCUGUUGAACAGCGACAUGGACACAGCGCCCCCUCAGGCAGCGCCCUCCAACCACAACUGGCUGGACGGUCUCGGACAGGGAGCCAAAGACAUGGACACGGCCUCGUCUGCUCACUCAAACCAGCACUCGCCACAAACACAUGAUGCAUUUCUGUCCCUACUCACCAACAAAGUGGAAGAGUACAGUGUCGGUUCGGCCACAGACUUGACAGAGACCAGCUCGGUGGUGGAUGGUGAUUGGACGAUGGUGGACGAGAACUCCUCCACUCUGAGCCUGAGCCAGGCAGAGUUGGAGCACAUCUCCAUGGAGCUGGCCAACAAAGGUCCACACAAGUCGCAGGUGCAGCUCAGGUAUCUCCUUCAUGUGUUCAUGGAGGCGGGUUGUCUGGAGUGGUGCGUAGUGAUUGGUUUGAUCCUGCGGGAUGCCAGCGUCAUAAAGCAGGUGAUUGGCUUUCUGGACAGUCCUGAGGUUCCACAGGAAACUGUGCAGAGUGUCCGUAGCGGCCUUUUGGCUGUCGAAGCAUGGGCCUCCACUGACUGCCUGGGAUACAAACCAUUUUUCAACCUGAUCCAGCCGCAGCUGCAGCGGCUGAUGGAUUCAGCAGCUGGCGAGCAGGUGCAGCCUGAGGCCUUUCAGCCUUCGAGCCAGAGCUCCAAGCUCGGCGGCUCCGAAGGGCUGGGAGGGGCUGCGGUGCCGCGGGUGGAGGACAGCAGAGGAGUAGCUGCUCCGCUUGGCCUGGCCCUGCCUUCCCUCGAACCUGCGGGAGGUUUUUCUCGUCCCCCCUCUGAGGACUGUCCUCCCGAAGAGACGGAGGAGCAGGGAGAGGAGGAAGGAGCCUACGACUGCACCUUGUCCUAAAGCCUCCUCUGGACCUGUGAGCUCUGGACUUUGGUUGGGAAAGAGAGGAGGAAGCAUCAGCAGCAGUGGCUUGAAAUAGACUUGGGAUGUGUGUGUGUGUGUGUGUGUGUGUGUGUGUGUGUGCGUGCGUGCGUGCGCUUGUGCACAGAAAAGUACCUCUCCUGCAGGUUCUUACUUCAGUCAGUAUUAUCCACUCUUCAGCUCUUUUGCGCUUUGGGUCGACUAGAACCCUUGUGGAUACUGAGCUACCGACAGAGCGACAGACACCCCCGACUGGCACAAAGACAUCACAGCACAUUUAGAAGGUUUCUCGUUUGACCAAAAUUUGCUGUUGGACAAAAGGCCACGUAUGUCAGUUUGUUCAUUCAUACAUCAUGUUGUGGUGUUUGGAAGCUGUAGACCAGUACAGGAAAGCACCAGAGCACAAGGCUACUUUGUUUUUUCAAAUCCAACACAGAUUUUUUUUUGUGCUUGUAGAUUUUUUUUUUCUGGAGGCUUUUAAAUGUGUUUUUUUUUCCCCACUGUCUUGACAAAAAGGAUUCCUUUUGGUUGAUCCAAACAGUGAAGAAGUAGAAGAAUCGGUUCAAAGACAAAAACACCUGUGUGUGUGUGUGUGUGUGUGUGUUUUUGAUCACAGCAUCACAUCACGUCGCUAAGCAAAAUGUAGAACAAAGCUCUAGUCAUGAACCAUUUCCAAGAUGCACUGAAGUGUGUCUGAGCCGACAGUAAGUGUGCAGGUUUGUAUGUGUGCACAAGAGGUGUUUCAUACUUUCAUACCUCAUAUGAUUUUAAAAUAUUUUGUGAUACCUUUUUCAAUAAUGUAACAGUGUACAAGAUUAUUUUUCUAUCAGUCACGCCUUGUUCCUCCUGUGUUUCCUGGAAAACAAAACAAACACAUUCAUGAUAUGAAUUCUGUGUAGUUCUUGAUAAGUGACAACCUUAAGAUUUCUAAGAAAAUGAUCACUGUUUAGAGUGCAGACUAGUUUCUUACCACUGAUCGGUACCUCUUCAUGUAUUUUUCACACACACCAAUGGCCCCCGACUUUGCCGAAGUGCAGGCCCAAACUUGUCCGGGGGUGGGGGAGUUUUAGCCGGAGUCAGCCGCCUGCUCUUCUCCCUCAAGUCCAGAUUUUAGACAACAGGCCAGAUUUGUGAGCAGAUUUAAGGCUGAAGCGCUUGGGCAAAAACAGACGCUAUAAAAACCAAAUCAUGUGACGCUUUAUCCAGCUUUUAAACACACAUUUAAACACACUUUUCAGUCUCCACUGGAGAGAUCCAAAAUGGGUUUUCUAUCAUCAGCAAGGCAGGUCAUUUAAUACUGUGUUGUUAAACCUUCCUGCUCUGCAGAUUUCAUGCCCAUCUCUUGCAUAAAAUCACUCGAUUCCUUUGUCAGUAGUGUUAACGGUGACAGUAUGAGUUCCUAAUGAGGAGGAGAGUUUGCCUUGGCUGUGGUUGUGUCAUGUGACCCCCUCAUCAUCCCAUAAGAACUUAUUUAUUUCGUCCAGCUUCGUAUCACAUUCAUGACCCGCUUGAGACUACUGCCGGUUUCGUGAUGCGUUUGUGUGCUCCCGUGUGGAUUUGACUGCGUGUACCACAUUGUAUUGACAUGUUUGGUGACUUUGAUCAUUUGCAAUUUGUUUUUAAUUGUAUUAGUCCUCAUUAUUACUAUUAUUUAUUGGCAUUAUAAACUGAGUGGUUAUUAAUGAAUUGAUGCUCGGUUUUGUUUUUAUGACUGAUAACAAACUUUUCUCCCAUUUAGUUAAUCAAAGUCGUGUGCUGGUUCUCAAAGACAAGCACUAAAAGGUCCAUCACAGAUAUGUCAGUAUUAUAUUGUGCAAUGUAUUGAAAUGUUACUCAGCUUUAUUUUAAACAUUUUUGUUCUCUCCCUCCCCCAGAGCUGUUUGCUUUUACUUCUCAUGUUAGACCAAAAUCAUAAUUUAUAGAUUAAUUUUUGCUCUUGUCGGUGUGUACAAGAUGAGCUGGGUGUGGCAUCUGUUGAAAAUUAAGAUUCUUCAAUGGUUUUCUGUUUUAUGAAUUGCCUGUAUGGAUAAAACACUCGCUUUUCAUGAUAAAAAAAAAAAAAGGGCAAAAUGACUACACGGCACAGCGUCGCCGUGGUCACUCAACACAAAUCCUGUUGUUGCUCCCUCCAAGCCUACAGCUACACUACGCUGCUGCGCUGUAAGCUUUACUUGACUUGAAAAACGGUAACACGACGAACCAAAGACUUUACGUCCAGAGGCCUUCUGUUUUAACAUGGUUGCUUCGAUUUACUGCUUGACUCAUUAUGCAGGUGGGGGAGGGGAGGGGAGGGGGGGGCUCACACAUACACACAAACACCCCUGUAUCCCAUCCCCCCCUCAUCAGAAACAUAAAGAGUUGAUGCUUCAAACUAAUGCUGAUGGCAUACGAGACAAUUUCCUACGGAAAUGAAUAUUGCAGGGUUUUUUGGGGGUUUUUUUUUUCUUGUUUCCUUCUCUGCGAGCGAGGAGCGGUCGAUCGGGUGUGUCCACACUCCUUCCCUCACCUCCCUCCUGUGUACAGUUGUAAAAGUAUUGUCUGUUUCCCGGCUCUCAGAGUAAAGUUUUAUGUCUGAUGCGGGAGCAGCAAACAUCCUCAAUGCAGUGUAAAGAUACUCUCUUGUACAUUUGCCUUUUCUACUCAUGUUUGGUUUUCUACGUCAUUUUUUUCCUUGUAAAUAAAGACCAAUAAAUUAUUUUUAAAAUG